AUGAACCACUAUCCUCGAGAUGAGAUAUUCUGUUGGGAUAGCGGCACGCCCAAUCCCUUAGUGUCUUUCCCCAACCAACCAACUUUGGUUGCCCGAUUCCAAUUUUGGGCUUCCUAUCCCAAGGGCCACGCCACAGAUCCCGAGCCCUACUUGCCUGGACAAGUCCACGGACUUCACGGACCCAGCUAUAUUGACAAUGGGCUAUGCACCACGAGUCGAAAAUGCAAUCUUCGAAGCAUUCAAAAGAACGGAAUUACUAACUGCACGAUGACAUGUGGACCCGAUGAGACUAGGGCCUUCAGAGGCCACCCACCGCAUGUCCUCUGUCGAGGAUUUACACAAAUUGAUUUUUAUGGCGCGGAGGCGCAAAAUCCGGCAAGGCAGAGGAUGCAAUGCAAAGCGAGACCCUUGGAUUCCUCUCUGGCAGAUCUACUCGCCUAA